AGAGGCCCGCGCGGGGGUGUCGGCUUCUCACAAACAUGGUCGCACCGGGAUUUGUCUUUGGGCUGGUGUUAUCAUUACUGCUGCGGGCCCACGCAAGUGCAGAUGUUGGUUUUCGCUUUGCUUCCUACAUCGAUAAUUACAUGGUGCUGCAGAAGGAGCCUGCAGGGGCAGUGAUCUGGGGCUAUGGUGUAUCUGGAGCCACAGUGACAGUGACUUUGUGCCGAGAUCAGGAAGCCAUCAUGAAGAAAGUGACCAGUGUAAAAGUGCACUCUAAUAGCUGGAUGGUGGUACUGGAUCCUGUGAAGCCUGGUGGACCUUAUGAAGUGAUGGCACAGCAGACUGUUGGGAGGAAGAACUUUACCCUGAGAGUUCAUGAUGUCUUAUUUGGAGAUGUCUGGCUUUGCAGUGGGCAAAGUAACAUGCAGAUGACGGUUUCACAGAUAUUUAAUGCCACCAGCGAGCUGUCAAACACAGCUGCCUAUCAGUCAGUCCGCAUCCUCUCCGUGUCUCUCAACCAGGCUCAGCAGGAACUGGAGGACCUUGCCAAGGUUGACUUGCAAUGGUCCAAGCCCACCUCAGAAAACUUAGGCCAUGGCAAUUUCACCUACAUGUCAGCAGUGUGCUGGCUUUUUGGGCGUUACCUGCAUGACACGCUGCAGUAUCCCGUGGGGCUGCUCUCCUCUUCAUGGGGCGGGACGCCGAUUGAAGCCUGGUCAUCUGGAAGGUCACUGAAAGCCUGUGGGGUCCCGAGGUUCAUGCCAUCUGAUCUUGAAACUGGUCCCAGUGAAUACUCUGUUCUCUGGAAUGCCAUGAUCCAUCCACUCUGUAAUAUGACUCUGAAAGGGGUGAUAUGGUACCAGGGGGAGUCCAAUAUGAAUUUUAACAGGGACCUGUACAAUUGUACAUUCCCUGCACUCAUUGAGGACUGGCGCCAAACCUUCCACAGUGGCUCCCAGGGGCAGACAGAGCGCUUGUUCCCAUUUGGAUUUGUCCAGUUAUCUUCAUAUUUGUCUGGUGCAACCCCAGAUGAUGGAUUUCCCCAGAUCCGGUGGCAUCAAACAGCAGACUUUGGCUAUGUCCCCAACCCAAGGAUGCCCAACACUUUCAUGGCUGUAGCUAUGGAUCUCUGUGAUAGGAAUUCGCCUUUUGGCAGCAUACACCCUCGAGAUAAGCAGACAGUGGCCUACAGGCUGCACUUGGGGGCCCGUGCCGUGGCUUAUGGGGAGAAGUUGAUCUUUCAAGGACCACUGCCUCAGAAGAUAGAACUCCUGGGCGACAAAGGGAUGCUCAACCUCACAUAUUCCCAGCCAAUCCAGGUGCAAAGACAUGACAAGAUAUUUGAGAUCUCCUGUUGCAGUGACCAUCAGUGCAAGUGGCUUCCAGCUCCCAUGGAGACUUUCUCCACCCAGACGCUAGCCCUGAAUGUCAAGUCUUGUCAUGACACUCUGGUUGCUGUUCGCUAUGCCUGGACCACAUGGCCUUGUGAAUACAAGCAGUGUCCCCUGUACCAACCAACCAGUACCCUGCCAGCUCCACCCUUCACUGCUUUCAUUACAAACCCAAUUCCUGGGUAUUGCGGCAAGGUUGCUAAGUGAUUGUGUUGCAGUAUGAUCACGUCUUAGACAUCAGCGUGGAUCCUUCAGAUUUCGUCAUUUAGUUUAAAUGACAACUAUUGCUUUGAAUGGAAAUUAAUAGAACUGCCUCAUUGAUAGUGCCUGGCUAGCACACGGCUGUUUCCAUAUUCUGAGUUGCCAGAGCUGGUGGGCAAAUGAAACGCUUGCCUUUUGUCCCAGUUAGGCCAGGUAUCUGUAUUAGACGAAUUCCGAACUAUAAACAACUUGAACCUCAACGUCAUUCAUGUCCCUCAUUACUGGGGUGAAAUGUCUUAACACUUUUGUCCCCUUACCUCCAGACCACGGAAACUCAGGGUUGGAAGAGAUUUCAAGGCCGUGGAAGGCGGCUAGCAGUUAUGUGUUUUUAAAUAAAAUCUGACAAGUGGUUAUCAAACUUCUGUACAAAGUUUCCCUUCUAAACUUCCAAAGAGUUUUUCCUCAUGUGGAACUGAAAUGUUUCUUCCACUAUACAGCAAUCUUUCAGAGGACUGAAGACAGCCCUAUUUUGUUCUAAGCCAAAAACAAUUCUGUUCCUUCAGUCUAAAUAAUGAUAAUGUGAGUGUUUAAAAGAAAGAAACCAGAACCACAUGCAGGCAUUCUGGGAGGUGCUAAGGGACAGCCUCGAGGAGGGAAGAGAAAGGGCAAGGCGGUAACAGCCCCUGGGGGAGCCAAGUGAGCCAAGGGGCCACUGAGAGGCAAGCAGAUAUCAGGCUCUUUAAAGGUAAUAGGUUUAACUAUGAAAAGGAUAUUCCAGAUGGAAGAGCAAAGGAAGGAUGAAAAUAAAGCUACACGAUAACCAUUUAGAAAAAUAAUCCAGAUGGGACAAAUGUGAAAGAGGGCUUUUGUGUAUACUAUUAAGAAUCAUAAUGCUGUUUAUUGGUAGAUUAAAAACAGCUAAAGGCACUUGAUGAUUGUAAUCUAUAAUAAGCUGGAAACAAAAGUAUAAUCAUUGGUCACGUGUACACGUUUAUGUCUAGUCAAAAUUGGGUUAGGAAGGGGCUUGCAGCUUGUCCUCUGAAGCUGAGAAAGCAGUGAGCCUUAUCUGUGGGUAGUUUCCUUUCCCUUAAUGUGAAAAAUGAGAAGGGAAACAUAAGCACCACCCUCUCCACACCUGCCCCCCAAGGGGUCCUGGUGUAACUGAACAGCAGGAAUGCUUGUCAGCGCCAGAAUUUUACUUAGUAAAACCGAAAACAGCUGCAUGGCUUGCAAGGAACUCUGGCUCCUUUG